CGGUGACGUCACAAUACACUAGCGCACCUGGCGGGCGCGUGGGAAAUACACACAAAAUUACACAGGUAAAUUUAGGUCAUCGGCUACCCCAUUCAAAAUGGUGUAAUUUGAUUUCGUGAAACUUUUUGCCGGUGAGGAGAUUUUUCGAAUGAAUUAUAAAGAUGGGAGAGUCACAGAAAAUUAUGCAGGUUCGGUCAGCGAGGCAGGUGCCAGUUAGGGUGCGCUUACUGGACGAUGAUACAUUUAAUCACAGUGUAGAUAAAAGAGCAGUGGGCUGGAUUCUGUUUGACAAAGUGUGUGAACAUUUGAACAUUCUGGAAAAGGAUUAUUUCGGAUUAAAUUACUAUGAUGCUGCUGGAGAAAAGUUUUGGUUGAACAAUGAUAAGAAGAUAGCAAAACAAAUGAAAGGUCAGAACUGGGACUUCAACUUUGAAGUGAAGUUUUACCCGGCAGAUCCAGCACAGCUGGCUGAGGAUCUUACUCGUUACCAGUUAUGUUUGCAGAUUAGACGAGAUAUUGUAAAUGAAAGGUUGCCAUGUUCAUUUGUAACAUACACACUACUUGGAUCAUACACAGCCCAGUCGGAGCUUGGUGACUAUGACACAGAAGAGUUUGGUAGUGGAUAUAAAUACCUAAAGGACAUACAGUUUGCUCCACAUCAAGAUAAGGAACUGUUAGUGAAGAUUGCUGAGCUGCAUAGGCAACAUAAGGGUGAGACACCAGAGGAAGCAGAGUUGCAUUUUCUUGAGAACGCCAAGAAACUGGCUAUGUUUGGGGUGGAGUUACAUCCAGCAAAGGAUGCAGAAGGUAGAGAUAUACAGCUUGGAGUUUGUGCGAGUGGACUGAUUGUUUACAAGGACAAGCAACAAAUCAACAGAUUUGUCUGGCCUAAAGUGCUAAAAAUCUCAUACAGACGUAAUAAAUACUACAUCAAAAUACGUCCUGGAGAGUUUGAGGAGUUUGCAAGUUUGAUCGGAUUUAAACUUGCAAACGUGAAGUUUGCCAAGCGAUUAUGGAAGAUCAGUGUUGAACAUCAUUCAUUCUUCAGAUUUAGGGAACCAGAAGAACAUAAAAGUGUAAGCUUUUUGCCAAGGUUUGGUUCCCGGUUCAGAUACUCUGGUAGAACACAAUUUCAGACACGGCAGGUUGUGGCAGAAGAAAAUCGUGAUUCUCCAUUUUUUGACAGAGUUCUAAGCAAACGAGGGACUUUCGGUGGUCGCACAAAUAAUAUGAGGAAAAGAGAUGAAGAGAGGCAGCAGAAACGUGACGAGCUGAGGCGACAGCAAUACCCACCACAAACUAAGCUUCCACCAUCUGAUCCAAGAAGGGAAGCGCCAGAGCCAAAGAGGACACCACCGGAGCCUAAACAUGCUCCUCCAGUUGCACCAAAACCAGAAAAACCAAGACCUUCGCCUCGAGGUCCAUCAUCUGUGGAUGAUAAUGCUUCACUGGACAGGGAACUGACAGGUUCUCUUAAUGACUCAUUUGACGAUGUCCCAGAUAGGAAAAGCCGAAUGGAGAAAAUACAUGCUGUAGCAACACCUCUGGCUGCAUUAAUGCAGUCAAAAAGGGAACAUGAACAACAUGAGGAAGAACAUCAAAGAGAAGAAGCUAGAGAUCACAGAGAUGAUCGUCUUAGAGAGGAUCGCCAUAGAGAUGAUUACCGUGAUGACACUGAUCAUGACCGCUCAUAUGAUCAUGAGGAGCCUGAUAGUCGACCUAUGACCCCAGAAGUGAUUGACCAGGACUAUACGGUGCUGCCUGCACACAAACCACAGUCUGCUAUGACUGACAAGGAGAAAAAAGCUUUUGCCAAGCAAGAAAAGGAGCGGAUAAAGAGAGAGAAGGAAGAAGAGAAACGAAGAAAGAAAGAAGAAGAAAAGGAAAGAAAGAGACUGGAGAAAGAAAAGAAAGCUUUAUUGGCUGAAGAAAAGAAAGCAGCAAAACAGAAGUCGAAACAAAAGGGCAAGGAGAGGAAAGAUGCAGAUAAAGAUGUUCGUGAAAGACGUGAUAGUCGUGGCAGUAAUGACAUGGGACGUGACUGGGACCAGGUGCGUUCUCAGGAUGAACGCGGACCAGUAACCCCAGAAAGAACCAGAAAGAGGCUCAGCAGUUUUGAAGAAAUUAAGCAUAAUUCAUCCAAAGGGAGAGAGACAGAAGCUGAGGACCGACCUCCGACCCCACCUGCUCCACUUCCUGUGGGAGCAAGGGGAGAUAAACAUUCUCAGUCAGGCUCGGACUUUGACUCGGAUGAGGACGACAAGGGCCCAGGAAAAGCUGAACAUGAUGAUGAAGAAGAUGCUGAAGAAGUUUCAUUUUGAUCACAUGACAGUCACAUGAUUCACCAACUGACCAAUCAGCAUGCAGUUGUAAAUACAAAACCUAUCAGGAAUUGUUGUUGUUGUUGUUACACAGUAGCCAUUCGUCAAAGACAAGUCAUUGAGCUACUGAUAGAUAUUUUACCACUUGGUGCAAGGGAAGGAUCAAAUUCUAGAAGAAAGGACUGAAUAUAUUAAAUUUAUUAUCAUUUUUAUUUGGAAUGAAUUGAGCAAGUUUUAACUUUUAUCAUAUAAGGUUGUAGAAGGGUUGUUUUUAUAGUGUUUAUGAAUUACUUUUAUGACAACUUUUUCACAAACAGAAUUUUUAAAAGAGUUUUACUAUUCACAAGGUUGUAACAUCUUCAUUGUUUAAAAAGUGAACAAACUGGAAAAAAAUGUUAUUACAUUUUACAUGUAUUGUUACUUUCAAAAUUGUAACGAAAUGUUUGUUUUGAAAAUGAAAUAAUUGGAACUGUAACAGGUUAUUUUAUUUUUCUCUCUUUUUUUUAAAUUUUCCUUUUUAUUACGUUAUCACAAUAUUUAAUUAUUCCUUGUAUUCAUUCUUAUAGUUUGUAUGCUCUUAUCACUGUAUAUAGAAAAUUCUAUUUUCAUUUGUAUUAUAGCAUAUAAAAUCCAUUCAAAAUGGUACCAAAUGGGUUGUAUAUUUUGUACAUUAGAAAAAAUAUAUACUGAUUAAAUUAGAUAAUUAUGUAAUUUUAAUAAUAACUCAUUUUAUUUUAUACUAAAGAGGUUUGGGCUUUAGCUGUAAAUCAUUUAAGAUUUGAAAAAUUGAAAAACAUGUGCUUUUUUUCUCUGUCUUGACACAAACUGUUGAUAAACUAGUGAAAGCAUUAUUAUUUUUUUGUCUGAACUGUUUUCAUCUUGGUCUUAACUUUCACUUAUGCAUUUGUGUAAGAAAUUUCAAAGACGUCCGAAGUUUAGUCAGUCAACAAAACCGUCAUUUAAAGGCAGUUUUAUCAUUUUCCCAACCGUCAUCACAUAAUAUACACAUGAUAUACAUUAAACACAGGAGUACAAGCUAUUCAGAAAGAAAAACACUAAUUUAUACAUUAUUUUGUUAACAUAAUAUAUACAGUUGUAUUUAUUGCACAUGCAUACAGUUGUAUAGCUGAGAGUCUUACUGGUGCUGUUCUAUAAGGUUUUUAUUUGGUGACAUAUUUAACCUUGAAAGUGUUAAUACAGUACCAUGGCCAAGGUUUAUGAAAUACCUAAAAACUUGUGAAAGAGAAAAUGGCCAAAUGUCAUUUUGUCCAUCUUACUUUAAAUAAGGCACCAACUUUAUUGUGCUGAACUUAAAUUGAGGAAACUGUUCAGCUUCAGGAAAACUAAGUAUACUUUAUGAUUGAAGAAUUUAAUAUUUUAUCUUUGGUAAGGUUUUAUAGUAGCCUAGAGAAAUUAACAUGCACACCUUGAAUAUUCAGAUUAAUGUAAAUCACUAGCUGUGACCAACAACUUUGAAACUUGUUGUUCUGGCACUGUAAGUGGUCAUUUCCUUUUUUGUUAAAAAUAUGGAGAGUGUAAAUCUGUGAAAUGUUUGUUCUCUGUGAUGAUUUGAUAUAGACAUUGUGUCUGAAAUCAUUUGUCCUCUACCUCGGAUGUUGGCAAUUAUUUGUGGAGAACAGGUUAGAACUGGUACAGAAUCCAGGAACACUGGUUCAGUUAAGUGCCCGCUGUUACAGAACUUAAAAAUUUUUAAUAACGGUACUAAACCCAGAAGCAAACAAAGAAAAUAUGUGUUCAAUAUGUGAUUUCUAUACUAACCAUUCCUUUUUGUUUGUAAAAUGUUUUUUUUUUAACUGUUUAACAUUCCUGUGAUUUACCAAUAGUUUUUUACUAUUUACAUUGUAUAUACAUAUCAUAAUAUGAGACAUGUUGUCUGUGAACUGUUCUGUUUUAUUUCUAACUUUUAAAUCAUUAUCAAAAAGUAUCAUUGAAAACACCAUGUCAAUACAGGAUGUAUGACUCAUAGGCAUUCUUAGAGAUGACAUAUUAUACCUUUGUACUGACACAAUAAACAUUCAUGAAUUCAUGACUUCAGUAUAUAAAAUGGAAGAAAGUUAGUUUAGAAUUACUAACAAAGGGAACAAAGAUGUAUUUAUUUAUGGAUUUUAGGUUUUUUAACUUCCUUUACUGGUAGCAUUUAUUCAUUUAUCUUAUCUUCCUUUAUUAGACAGAUUUUAAAACAUUCCAUAACAUUAUCAUAAUGUUUUUCCUUCAGUUUUGAAGUAAGUUCUUUUUAAAAUCUUCCACCAACAUUUUGUUGAAGUGAAUGAUCAUUUAUUUUCUUUUUGAGUUGUUUGAAUGAAAGAAAGAAAUUCCAGUGACAAAGUUCUGAUACCAUAGUUAAGAAGUGUGCUUGGUGAUGAUUUUAUAAAGUUCUGGUAAUUUCAUCAAGUUUAACAAACAGAAAUAUUAUUAUAUUAGUAAGAUGGCACAUGUUUCCAUGGUGAUUUAUCAUGUAAUUGUUCAUAUUUCUAAUUUCUCAAUAAAUGUAAUAAAUCAUU